CGCGCAGCCUCAGUCGCACUGCACCUCGCGCAGACUGUGUGCGCACGACGCCGCACAAUACUAUGUGCACCCGUUCGAAACGAACUGUGAUAUAGUGUUAAGUUACAGUAUUAUUUAGUGUUAGAAGUGACUUUUCGUAUGACAGGUGAGGUCAUCAUCAUCACAUCAGUUUUCAUUCAAACAAAGAUGACUCACAAAGUGAUGUUACAGUGGCUCAUUGUGGUGCUGUUUGCACCGGCAUUCAUACACAGCAUAUCAAUAGUGGGCCCGCGAGUGCUGCGUCCGUUCGCAUCGUACCGCGUGGCGGUGGCGGGCGACUCCCGCGCACAUUCGCUGUACGUGGCCGUGGAGGGCCGCCGCUCCACCGGCGAGCAGUUCUCCCAGGGCCGAGAAGUCCAGGUCCAAGCAGCCAGCUCCAGGCUCAUCGAUCUAGACAUCGGCGAUCCAGGCCCUGGACAAUACGAGCUAAUAGCGCGUUCCACUUCGGGCCCGCAAUUUUCAUCAUCCGCGCCGCUCAUCUACCAACCCCGCAGCUUCUGCGUCUUCAUGCAGACAGACAAACGCGUUUACCAGCCUGGAGACACCAUACAUUUCAGGGUCAUUGCCUUGAAUAAGUACUUGUUGCCGCUGGCGGGGACUGUGGAUGUGAGCGUGUUGGACGCGGGGGGCUCGCCCGUGCGGCAAUGGGCUGCCGUCUCGCUGGACAGAGGUAUCAUCACGGAGGAACUGCUUCUCGCCGACGAGCCGGCGCUCGGGGAAUGGACGAUACAGGUGGAGGCGCGCGGACAGACGUAUUCACGUCAUAUUCUGGUAGCUGACUACGUGAUGCCCAAGUUCCAGAUGGACAUUCAGAUGCCAAAGGAAAUUUUAUUCCGCGACGGACGAUUCAACAUUAACAUCACGGCAAAGCAUUUCAACGGACUGCCGGUUCGCGGGGAGCUGACGAUUUCCGCGUAUCCAGUGUUCUUCUCGGGACUGUUGCAGCCUGUCUUCUCGUCACCGGCGAGGAAGGUCAUUGACUUCAACGGACAGGCUGACGUCACAUAUGACCUCAAGACUGACCUUGACCUGGCAGAGGACGCGGCGAGGCCGCUCGUCGUCGAAGCUGUGUUAGAGGAAAACCAUACACUGAUAAAGCAAAAUGUAUCCGCUAGGAUUCUGUUACUGAGAACGCCUUAUAGAUUAAGGGUUUCUGCUCCUGAUUACUUCAAACCGAUGUUACCUUACAAUGUGCAGAUCGAACUAGUCGACUCGUCUGGACAAGUAAUGGACAUAAAUGAAAAUGUGUCGGUGGCACGGCUGUGGGACGACGGAGCGCCGGUUAAUAUGACCACAAUUACCUUGACGAAAGGACUCGCCACUUACACGUUGGUUGCCGACAAGGCUCAUACGAACACCACGCUCAAUUUAGUGGUGAAAUACAAAGAAGUGUCUCAGCGGAUAGUGAAUGUGCGUUCGGGCGGUGCCUCCGGAGGUCAGUUCCUGACUGUGGAGGUCCUAACUCGCGGGACCUCCGUCGGAGAUGACCUGCGCGCUCGCAUCUCCUCCACAGAAGCCAUGGACCUUGUGCACUAUGCUGUAAUUGGACGAGGAGACGUGCUUGUUGCUAAAACACUGGAGUUGAACCCAGCGCGUCGCAGCGUGGACAUAACGGCGCCCGUGUCGGUGGGCAUGGCCCCCGGAUGCGUCAUCCUGGCGUGGUACCCGCGACUGGACCCCCUCAGCAACACAAUACAGUCCGCUGCCGUGUAUGCUCCUCAGAAGAAUUUACUAAUGAAUAAGGUAUCAAUAACACCAGCAUCAUCAACAACAGCCGGCUACCGCCCCAACGGGCUGGUGGAGCUGCGAGUGUCCGGCGAGCCCGGCUCUAAGGCAGCACUCCUCGGAGUGGACCUCACCGCUGUCAAUGCUGGUCUCUCCGCUGAUGAUGGACUCGGCAGCGGCUUUAACAUGCAUACGAUCGAACGAGAAGUCGAAAGUUUCAGCGGCCUGAAGCAUUCCAUAUACAAAAACGAAGACCACCUUCCAGGCAUGGGUUUGGAUCUGGGAGGUUCCUCUUUCACAGAUGUUUUCAAGAACGCAGGCGUCGUGAUAUUGGCUGAAGGUGUGGAAACACAAACAGUUAUUCCUGGAGGUGAUCCAUCAAGAGAGGCUCCAGAGACAGGCACCAGACCCCCCCUAGCUGGCCCGUACGCCUUCAGCCGCCUGCCCCCUCCGCCGUCCCCCCGCUACUACCUCACCGUGAUGCCGCAGCCAACUUGGAUGCUCACGAACGUCACACUUGACAACGACGGUAGAGGUAUAGGGGAACGUCGAUCACCAGUGGCCCCCGGAGAGUACUCAGUGGGCGCGUUUGCCGUACAUCCAACUCUCGGCCUAGGACUGGCCACACCACAGAAAUUCAUUACGAGCGUCCUUCUCUCCAUGUCCGCGGAGCUACCAGCCUCCAUGCAACGAGGGGAGACCCUAGCAGUCGUCAUUAUAUUGAAAAGUAGUCUCACUGUGGACACCUCCGUUGAAGUCACAUUCCAUAACUCCGACCAAUACUUCGAGUUUGAACCCCUGGAGAACAACGUCGACUCUUCAAAAAAAAUCGAGCUGUUCCGUCGAACGCGAGUGACUGUGCCUGCGCGAGGGUCGGCCAGCACCGCCUUUCUGGUGACGAUGGUGCGCAGUGGAGAGGCUCCAGUCAUCGUGGAGGCUACUGGCAAUGGCGUCUCUGAUUCUCUCUUCCGUACCGUCGAUGUCAAAGAUGGAUAUGAAGAAGAACUCUGGACGUGGGGUCUUUUGGACGCUCGUCGCGGCGUGUCUCGAAGCAAUAUCACGUUAGAGCCCACAGCUGGGACUCGACUGGGCACAGUAUCGCUAGUAGCAGCAGGGUCGUUGCUAGCCGGAGCUCUGCAAGCCGUAAGGAACCCACCCGCCGCCGCUGCUGAUCCUAUCCAUGCGUUACGACCGCUGGCUGUCUCUACUGUUUUACUGGACUAUCUUGAGGCAACAGACCCGGACGAGAUAACACUAACGAAAGAGGCGCGCGCGCAGGUGGCUACAGGGUUCCAAAGACUCAUGGCGUACCGCCGGCCGGACGGGUCCUUUGCUGCCGUGCUCGAUGACGACGCCGAAGGAGAUGUCUUGAUGACAGCAAUGGCGGCGCGCUGGCUAUCUCGGUCGGCGCGCUACGUGGCAGUAACCCCUGUGGCAGCCACGGCCGCAGCGCGCUGGCUGGCAGACACGCAGCUCAGUGGAGGGGACUGGCGGCCGCCGCUCGGGGCCAAGAACGACCCCAGAGCACAACGCUCCUUGCCACUCGCUGCACAUGCGCUCUUGGCUUUACAGCAAGCUAAGGGCAGUGACAUUCUAUAUAGGAAUGCCAUCAGCAAAGCGCUGGAGUAUGUGGCACGGGAGCUAUCUCCGGAUCUAGACGCGUACACUCUCGCCCUGGUCAGCUACGCACUGGCCCUUGACAGACACCCUCGCACCUCUGAGGCGCUGCAACUACUGGACAAACAUUCUAAUGCUACAGGGUCAACACUAUUCUGGUCCCGCAAGAUCUACGGCGCAGAGUGGAAGAAUCCCUGGCUGAAAGGCAACAGCCUGGAGGCAGCGACAGCGGCGUGGGGCUUGAAGGCCAUGCUCGCGUCCAAGCUGGUGGAAGAGGCUACGCCCGUCGCCAGGUUCCUGCUGCAAUCGUAUCGACUACACGACCAGGAUCCCGAUGUGCUGGACGCGCUAGCUGAAUAUUCUGCCGUUAUCAAAACGUCCACGAAACUACGCGUGUCGGUGAACGUCACCGGCUUAGAAGAACCAAGGCAGUUCACCAUCGACGAUGACAACGCACUUAUUGUUCAAACUCAGCUGGUCCGCAGUGCCCGUUCAGCAUUAGCCGUGACUGAAGGGCGAGGAGUAGCAGUAGUAGGACUGUCAGCUAAGGGCAGUACGAAUGUGACGGCUGCCUGGCCGCGGUACACGCUCGACCCUAGAGUCGACCAGGUGUCGACGAAGUACCGGCUGCAACUCUCCAUUUGUGUCGGAUUUGUAGCGCAAGGCAACGAAACGGAGAGUGGUCUGACGCUGCUCACGGUACAACUGCCUUCUGGCUACCUGGCUGACAUCAACACACUUACUGAAUUGACGGCGGCGCGGCUGGUGGCGCGGGCGCGGCUGCAGCGCGGCGGCGCGCGCGUGGCGGCGUGGCUGCGGCCGGCCGCCGCCGAGCGCUGCGCCACGCUGGCCGCGCCGCGCGCGCUGCCCGCCGCGCGCCAGCGGCCCGGCUGGGCCACGCUCGAGGACCUCUACGACUCCAGUCACCGCGCCCGCGUUUUCUUCUCCGCGAUCCCGAGCACGUCAUGCGACGCGUGCCGCGAGUGGGAGUCGUGCGCACGCGCGUGCGGCGCCAGUGCCAGCCAGCGCGCCGCCGACCAGCCCGGCGCCGGCCGGCCGCGGGACGCCGCCGGCGCUGGCGGGGGCGCCGCCGCCAUCACGCCUGUCGCCACCCUCAUGUUGCUAGCGCUCGCUCUGGCUCUACGAUAGUGGCGCGUCUUUUGCGACUGAUUAUAUAGCACGACUGCUAUUAACAUUUCCACUGAAGCGGAAUGCAGACGAGCGGAGAAAUCGACCAAUAAAGAGUCUUCAAUCACACGCCGUGAAUGGCCUGUUUCGCAAAUCUCCGCUUCAGUGGAAACAGACUUACUACCGAGUAGUAGCCGAGCCGAAAAUUUAAUUAAAAAAUCUAAUAAGAAGACUAGACGUAGAGCGUGGAAACGGAGCCCGCAUCGUUUUUUGCCAACUUAUAGAACACAAAUAUUUUUGUUUAUCUUUUCACUUUCUUCUUCUAUUGUGUCAAGUCGUGGCUAUUUUUCACCGACCUCAUGAACCCUGAUUAGAGUUAAGGGUCGUUUUAACUAUCUUAUUGUAAAGAAUGAGAUGCAUGUGAAUGGCCUUAACUAGCUCAAUGCACUUUCACGUUCGACCGCGAAUUUGAAUUGUAAAAGUCCAAAAUCAUAAAUUAUUAUGAAAGAACUGAAAAUUGCAUGACGUAAAUUCUUUGUAUUAUAAUUAGCCAUUAAUAUUUGUGUAAUGUAAGUUACACUUAUUUAUUCUAAUAAGCGUUGUUAAUGUACUAAUGUGAUAUGAACUAAUUUUAUGUGAUUUAUUAUUGGAAGACAGUUGCAGACGAGCAACUUUCCCUAUUUGUAUAUAACCUUUAGAUAAUUAGUAAUAAUAAGUUAAAUAAUAAUAAUUUAAAACUAAAAAUCGUUUGUCAUUUUUAUCAGACAAGAGAUAAUAAAAAUAUAUUUUACUAA